GUUGCUUCAACACUCCCCGUCCGACUCUCGUGCCUUGGAAUUCAUUGGCCUUCGCUGCACAGAGAGCUAAAGUCUACUGCUUAGCUCCUACUCAUCAGAGAGAGAUUGCAAUAUUUGGUUUUUUUGAUAGUUUUCGGCAAUGGCGGAUCGGUCGAGGGCCUUCUGCAAAGAGGAGGUCGUAACCUACGCUUACCUUCUACUCUACAUCGCUCUCUCCAGCGGCCAGAUCUUCUUCAACAAGUGGGUUUUGUCAUCUAAGGAAAUAAACUUCCCUUAUCCUCUUGGACUGACACUACUUCACAUGGUCUUCUCAUCAGUAUUAUGUUUUAUGCUCACCAAAAUUUUCAAGAUUAUGAAGGUUGAGGAAGGAAUGACUGCAGAAAUAUAUGCUACAUCUGUUGUACCAAUUGGUUCAAUGUUCGCAAUGACUCUUUGGCUGGGAAACACAGCAUACCUGUAUAUUUCUGUUGCAUUUGCACAAAUGUUGAAGGCAAUUAUGCCUGUAGCUGUUUUUGUUCUUGGAGUAGCAGCAGGGCUAGAGAUAAUGAACUGCAGAAUGCUACUAAUUAUGUCAGUGAUAAGUUUUGGUGUUCUGGUGGCCUCUUAUGGAGAAAUAGAUAUCAAUUGGGUUGGAGUUGUUUAUCAAAUGGGUGGCGUUGUUGGAGAAGCUUUAAGACUUAUUUUCAUGGAGAUCCUUGUUAAGAGGAAGGGUCUCAAACUGAACCCUAUAUCUGUUAUGUACUAUGUUAGUCCCUGCAGUGCUCUUUGCCUAUUCUUUCCGUGGAUCUUUCUGGAGAGAACGAAGAUGGAAGCACAUGGAUCUUGGAACUUUCCACCCCUUGUGCUACUACUCAACUGUCUCUGUACUUUUGCCCUCAACUUAUCUGUUUUCCUCGUAAUUACGCAUACAAGUGCUUUAACCAUUCGUGUUGCUGGAGUUGUUAAGGACUGGGUGGUUGUCUUACUGUCUGCCCUUCUGUUUGCGGAUACCAAGCUGACGUUAAUAAAUCUGUUUGGUUAUGGUAUUGCCAUUGCAGGUGUAGCGGCAUAUAAUAAUCAAAAGCUGAAAAAAGAAGCUUCUCGAGGCAGCGUCAGUGAUCCCGAACAGUCUGUACCUUUGGCCACAUCCUCGGCUUCGAGCAAGUAGAAUAUAGUAAACAGCAGCAGUCAAUUAAGUUACCUUUUAAGAAUUUACAUGAUAUAUAAAGGUGAAAUCCCACAAUUGUACCAUAAGAAGAGGGAGGCGUUUACUGAAGGAUUUCAAAGUUGAGGCACUUCUGAUCAUAGACAGUGAUUACUGUGUAUAAACAGUUGCUGGAAUUUAAGUCCAUUAUUUAUUUUUGAAGUAGUUGUAUGCUGAAGAUUUUGCUGGAAUCCUAGCAAUAUAUAGGAAAACAUACGCCCUUUUUUUUAUUAA